GAGAGAGAGAGAGAGAGAGAUAGCACAGCUUACACAUCAUGUCAACAUUUCAACCAAUAAAUCCCAAACCAUUUCUCAAAUCGUUGAUUGGAAAACAGGUCAUAGUCCGCCUCAAAUGGAAUAAAACAGAAUAUAGAGGAACAUUAAUAUCCAUAGACAAUUACAUGAACUUACAAUUGGACCAAACUUAUGAAAUCAUAUACGAGGUAGAAGAUGGAAACGAAACCAAGAAAGAAGAAUCAAUUGGUGAGAUAUUCAUCAGAUGCAACAACGUCCUCUUUGUAAGAGAGGCCAAGAGUGAACCACAAGAAACUGAAAUUGAAACUGAAACUUCAGUAGCGACUGAACUGAAUGGAAACGAAAACGGAAACAAAGAAAUGGAAACCGAUUAGUCCUUGUAUAGUCUUUGCAUAGUCUGUAUUAGUAUACUACUAGUUCAAUGUAUUAUAAUUUCUCA